AUGUCAACGCCUCAAAUUUACUUUGAUCUUGAUAAAUUAUCAUCGAACGCUCUUAGUUUCACAGAUCAACAGUUUUAUGAUUUAGUUAAAGACUUACUCGGUGGUUCGCAAGCAAAACUAUUGGCUUACCAACAUAUUAAUAGUGUACCGUGUUUCUUAAUGUCUGAUGACGUAUGUGAUAUUUUAAAUUACGAUAUUGAUGAUCCAGAAUUAGAUGAAAUUAGAGAAGAAAUAUGUUUCAAAUUAAAAUCUGGUCAAUAUAUGGUCAAAGGAGGAAUUAAAACGAGCUUUAGUUGUCUGAAAGAAUAUCUGCUUAAAAAAACUGAAGAAAAGUUGAAUGAACCAAAAAAAAAACGAAAAACUCAGUCGCAAUCUCUUCUGUCUAAUUCAAACCAAACUCAAUUAACAUCCACACAAACAACGACAACAAUACCGUUAACAGCUAAUCAGUAUAAACGUUAUCUUUUAAAUUUGAUAAAACAAUGGUGUGAUGACAACAAAGAUAAUCUUCAGAUUGAUGAUUUGAACUUAACUGAUGGAGAUGAUUUUACUUCAAAAGUUUCCACAUCAUCACAUGGAUUUGAAGGUACAAUUACAUGUAAAUGUGGAAUUACAUUGGUUUUGCCUAAAACAACAGACAAAAUUCUUUUGCCUAAUUAUUAUCGUCAUCUAAAAGAUCAUAAUUGUAAACAUGUGAAGGAUUUACAAAAGAAAAGUAAACAACAGCAGUCUUCAACUACAACGACAACAUCAGCAACUCAACCUCAAACACCUCUUAUUCAGAUAAUAACAAGUAUUCCUAGUGCAGUUUACGUCGCUGUUCGUGACAUGGGACAAGAUUUAGCUGUAUUAGAGGACAAUACAACAAAUGCAACACUUGGUGAUUUAUCAAGCGAAAAUUGUUUACAAAGUUUGUGCAAAAGAGAAAGACGGCGUCUGGAAACAGAACAAAAUGAAUCAGCUAACUUUUUAUAG